AUGCGUUCCGUCGGUUCGGCAUCGCUGGUGGACGACCAAACGAACGUGCCGGACGAUGCGACGGGUGACCGGUGGCUGCGACGGCGACGACGACACGAAGAUGACAUAAAUUGGAAAAUGUCAACUCAGCAACAGGUGACACCGGAUCGGCCGACAGGCACGGUCACCGACGGUACGGUCCAAGCGCCACCAGUCCCAUCGUCGGCGGUGGUUGACGGUGAGAAUAAUCCAAUUAAAUCGUUGCGACGGCAACGACGGGUUGAGGGCACUAAUGGCACCGCACCCACCAGUACCGUCCCAUCAAUCACUGCUCUCACAAUGCCGUUGAUUGCUGGCACGGACACGGAACGAUGGUCGGCACGAUUCUACCGGACAGUCGGACCCGUUGGAGACGUUGAGGAAGCUGACGCCGAGCAGCAGCAACCGUCUGUUCAGGCAACUGAUACGAGCGACCAGAGCGAAGGGUUUGAUGUUGGCGAACCGACGAGGACGUUGGUGUUUGUCGAUGGGGAGGUUGGUGAUGGUGGUGGUGGCAUAAAUAGCACCGGACAAGAUACUGCUAAUAACAAUCGGCUGGAAUGUACCGUCGCUUCCGUACAGCAGCUCGUCGUAACGGACGUUGUCAAUGAGCUGGAGGACGCACUGGAGCGAAAGCGUCACAACACCGGUAAUGCGCGCCGGCGCUGGAAAUUGCUGGCGAAAGCGCUCCGGCACGAUUCGAGCGAAGACGAUCAGUUCUCCAAGUUUAACCUGAUCGAAGCCGAUCGUGCCGGUGAUGAGAAGGACGAGAAUGUGUACGUUUAUCGGCUGUACGAUCGCUAUCGGUUGAAGAUCCGUCUAAUAGGGCCGGAGCGGCCGUGGACCGCAAGCGAACUGAUCGGAUUUAACAACACCGGUAAUAUCUGCGUUUGGCCGUCGGAAGAGGCACUGGCCUACUACAUCCUGUCGCGGCUAUCUCAAUUCGAUGGAACUGCAGUGCUCGAGCUCGGUGGUGGAAUGACCUGUCUGGCGGGGCUAGUUCUGGCCAAGUAUGGACAACCCGCAUUCGUACACGUUACCGACGGGAACGAGCUGUCCGUGGAGAAUGUGCGCAAAUCUCUCGUACUGAACAAGUUCAACUGCACGAUCAAAUCGUCCGUGCUGAAGUGGGAACAGGCGAACAAGGACCCGGACGCGGACACAGGAGAGCGCUAUCACUUCAUCCUGUCCGCUGAUUGUCUGUUUUUCGACGAGUCCCGUUCACAGCUGAUCGAUACGAUCUGGCAAUCGUUGGCAGAUGAAGGAGUCGCCCUCAUUACGGCACCGCGCCGUGGUCAAACGUUGAGUCUCUUCCUGAGCGAGUGCGUUGCCCGUGGCUUCCAUUACGAGUUGCUGCAGUGCUACAACGAAGCGAUCUGGGCGCGACAUCUUGAGCUGAAGCAGCUGGACGGUUACGACGAGAACGUGCACUACCCGUUGCUGGUGAAGAUGUACAAAUACGGCCCGGGCAGUGUUUUGCAUCGAUUGUGA